AUGGGACAGACAGUGACGACCCCCCUUAGCCUGACGUUAGAUCAUUGGACGGAAGUCAGAGCGAGGGCACAUAACUUGUCAGUAGAAGUGAAAAAGGGACCAUGGCAGACUUUCUGUACCUCCGAAUGGCCCACCUACAAUGUUGGGUGGCCCUCGGAGGGGACUUUUGAUCUCCCCACCUUAUUAUCAGUAAAAGCUGUUGUCUUCCAGGAUUCGUCUCAAGGACACCCGGAUCAGCAACCCUACAUUGUAGUCUGGCAAGAGUUGGUGGAGAACCCACCGCCCUGGGUAAAGCCCUGGGUGCAAAAGAAAAUGGGCCCUCGAGUUUUAGCUGCCCAGACUCAACCUCAGAAAAAGGAAAAGGAAACUACCAAAGUUUACCCUGAUACUCAAGAUUUGCUUAGAGUUGAUGAUCCCCCUCCCCCUCCUUACCCUCCUGCCCCUAUGGCACCCCCAGUGCCCCCAGCCCCGGCACUCCCAGCACCGCCGGCCCCGGCACCCUCAGUCCCUGAUGCUGAGGCAGUGGGGCUGGCUCCGGGACCUGCCCAGGGCACCCGGCGCUGCCAAGGGGCCACCUUGGACCCACCGGGUAUCUUUCCUCUCCGGUCUUAUGGAGUUCCCAUCCUUGGGGAAGAAGGGGAACCGCCUUUCCAACCUCUGCAAUAUUGGCCCUUCUCCUCUGCUGAUUUGUAUAAUUGGAAAGCUAACCACCCGCCCUUUUCAGAGGAGCCGCAGAAACUAACUGGUUUGGUAGAGUCUCUGAUGUUUUCCCACCAGCCCACCUGGGAUGACUGUCAGCAGCUUUUGCAGGUGCUCUUCACCACGGAAGAGAGAGAGAGGAUUCUCCUGGAGGCACGGAGGAAUGUGCCUGGAACCGACGGACGGCCUUCGCAACUCCCUCAUGACAUAGAGAGGGGGUUCCCGUUGACUAGACCCAACUGGGACUUUAAUUCUCCAGAAGAGUAGCCAACCGCUGUUUGCUUUUGAGUGGAAAGACCCCUCCACAGGAACUACUGGACAAUUGACCUGGACUCGCUUGCCACAAGGAUUCAAGAAUUC